AUGGCCAAAAUCAUAUCGACAAUUAAGGCAACAUUAACCCGUAUAAUUUUCAGUGCCCACAGUAUCAUUGCCAUUUGGCAGGUGGUCAAGAACAAAGAUGACAUGAUGUACUGGAGUCUUAGUUGUCCUCUGCUGCUGCUACUCUUCGAAGGCAUCUUUACCAUAUUCAUAAAGAAGACACAAGAAUGGAGAUGGUUUUGUCCCUCAGUCUUUUUGUAUUUGGGAAGCAUUGUACCAGCUAUUUGGCUUUUGGAGUUUCACAAAGUUGAACGACGAUUAUCGGGCAAAAGCAUUGAGGGCAACUCGACGACGAAUGUUAUUAUUACUGAAGCCCUGGGUGUGCCGAAAGUUAAUGAAGACACCUGGAUAACGCUGAUAGAACAGUUUUUGAUGUUAAUUUUAAUUGUGGGGCGUUGGAUGUUGCCCAAAGGAGAUCUGACUAGAGAUCAGUUAAGUCAAUUGUUGUUGGUGUAUAUAGGAACCGCUGCCGAUAUUAUAGAAUUUUUCGAUUCCUACAAAGAUGAUUCCAUAGCGAAAAUACCCUUGUUGGUCUAUUUGACUUUGGGUAUAUGGUCAUGGAGUUUAUUACAAUUUACAAUUGUGUUAUCAGCCACAAGAGCACGUAGACCCCGUGGAGGUGGUUCCAAUAAGAAGGAUGAACCUCCUACAGAUUGCUGUAAUAACUGCUGUUGCGGCAUCGAUGUUUGGGGCAUUGUGCUUAACGUUAUACUCCAGGAUGCCCCUUUUCUGACAUUCCGUUUGCUCAUUAUCUUCCAAUAUGAUAUAAUUAGCUAUAUGAACGUGUUCUUUACAUGCAAAAAUUCCCUGGUCAUUGUCUUACAAUUGUAUCGUCUGUAUGUUGUAAAUGCCGAAUUUUGGAAGAAUCGUCGUGAAAUGAAGGCUGCAGCCAGACAACGCCAAUACAAAUCGAAACGGCGCAAUGACGAUGACCCCAAUGGCAUUUAUAUGAUUUCCUCGGAGCGUGGUAGUGAAAUGAAACGGAAAAUCAAAAGGUUCGUAAAAGCCAAGGAAUAUUCUGACGAUGAGGUUGUUUAUAAGAAGAAAGCGAAGAAGGACAAAACCAAAAAACGUAAGCGUAAAGAUACGGGCUAUUCGACAGCCAGUUCACAAAAUCUUUAUUCCACCAAAGGUGAUCCAGACAAGGGAGCCAGACACAAAGACAAAAAGGCCAAGAAGAGCAAACGCGACCGCAGUAAAUCGCCCUGCAGCAGCGAUGUGGUGGAGGCCCGCAAAUCUAAGCAUAGUAAAAAAUCGGAUAAGUCGGAAAAGAAGAAAUCCAAGCGAGUUGAUGCUGUUAUUGAGGAGUCAAAUAGUUCCGGCAGUACUAGCGAUUCCAGUAACUCCACUUUGCCAAGUUACGAAGUUAUCAAUGAGAAGAAGUCUAAAUCGAAACGACGCAGGCGUGACUCCACUUCAUCUUCCAGCAGUGAUUCUUCGGAUACCUCUUCCUCGGAAUCUUCGUAAAAACAUUGGCCUGAACCAAUUAUUAUAAUUGGUAAACUAUUUUUUGGUAACAUUCCUUUCGAAAUCGGCGAAAGGAAUACAAACGUUGUUCAUCGGAUGACCGUUAGUUAAAAUCAUUUCGAUUUGAACGGUUCUAACGUAUUUUUGUAAUGAAUAAUACGAAACAAACGAAGCAGCAAACACAUUUGUCGAAACGCCAAG